AGUGCCAGGGACGCCGAGACUACAACUCCCAGAAGGCCACGCGCUGAGACGCAGCACUGGACCAAUAGGAGCUACCUCCAGCCCAGGGUUGACCAAUGGGGAAGUCCUGGCCUCUGGUCGGAGGGAGUCCUGUUGAUUAAGGAGCCUGCCCGAGUACUAGCAGAGCCGAGCUUUUAUCCCGUUACUUGCGGGUGCGGGCAUCGCUCGGUCCCGGUUACCCUGAAAAUCGUCCUCUCACCCUCAUGGCUGAGUUUAGGGCACGUAUGCAUCUGAGCAGUGAGGGGAACGCUCGGCAGCAAGGCCUUGUUGUUAGAAUUGGUCAAUCCGACUUGCUGCUGGAAUUAAAUGCACAAGAGACCUGGGGAUUUCUUCCUUUUACUCUGUGUACUCCGGUUACACUGACAUUUACGUGAAACAAAAUUACAUGAACAUUUAAGAGCUUUCUUAAUAUAACAGGCUUUGAAGGACUAAUGACCGGAAAGGGAAAAACGAGGCUUCCCAGAUUUCGUUUCUUCAGUAUGGAACAUGAGACUGAAAAUAAUAGCUCAGAAUGUUUCUGAAGAAGAAGAAGUUUCCUUUGAGGUAGAAAUGGAAGGAAUUAAAAGAGAGGAAUCCUGCCUUCCCAUUUUAGGUGACAAUUGGGACUGUGAGAACCAGGAAAGAAUUUUAAGGCAAUCUCCUUUAAUUGAUGAGAAACCAGGGGUUCAGGAAGCAAAUUGUGACCAUCUUGGUUUGGGGGAGCAUUUGAGUACAAAUCCAGCCCUUCUAGCAACAAAUGGCUUCCAUGUUCAUAACUCAGACAUUAAAACUUUUGAUUGUGAACAGACCUUACAUAGUUGUCCCCAGAGUUAUACAGCGAGGGGAACUGGUGAUAGUGAUGCUUGUGAAAAAGCCAUCCACUCUUCCAUGGAAGUCACUCAACCUGUAAGAAACCAAAUGAGAGACAAACCAUAUAAAUACACAGAAAGUAUUAAAUCUCUAAACCACUUUACUACUCCCCUUUGUGAUAAAAAAAUUAAGAAAAGAAGCAAGAAAUUUUACAAAGGUAAGGACUUUGGGGACAUUUUGGCCCUGAGCUCAUCUCUUAAUGAAAAAAGAAGUCAUUCCAUUGAGAAACCCUAUAAAUGUACUGAAUGUGGCAAAUGCUUCAAACGGAACUCUUCUCUUGUUUUACACCACCGAACUCACACUGGUGAGAAACCUUAUACCUGUAAUGAUUGUGGAAAAUCAUUCUCCAAGAACUACAACUUGAUUGUACAUAGAAGGAUUCAUACAGGAGAGAAACCCUAUAAAUGCAGUAAAUGUGGGAAAGCUUUUAGUGAUGGAUCAGCUCUGACACAACACCAGAGGAUUCACACAGGUGAGAAGCCUUAUGCAUGUCUAGAAUGUGGAAAAACUUUCAACAGAAAUUCAUCCCUGAUUUUGCAUCAAAGAACUCAUACAGGGGAGAAACCAUAUAGAUGUAAUGAAUGUGGGAAACCCUUCACUGACAUCUCUCACCUUACGGUACAUCUCAGAAUCCAUACUGGUGAGAAGCCUUAUGAGUGUAGCAGAUGUGGAAAGGCUUUCCGAGAUGGCUCAUACCUCACCCAGCAUGAGAGGACACACACUGGAGAGAAGCCUUUUGAAUGUGUAGAGUGUGGGAAAUCCUUCAAUCGCAACUCUCACCUCAUUGUGCAUCAGAAAAUUCAUUCUGGGGAGAAACCCUAUGAAUGUAAAGAGUGUGGGAAAACUUUCAUUGAGAGUGCAUACCUCAUCAGGCAUCAGAGGAUUCACACUGGUGAGAAGCCCUAUUGUUGCAACCAGUGUCGUAAACUCUUCAGGAACAUCGCUGGACUUAUCCGGCAUCAGAGGAUUCAUACUGGUGAAAGGCCUUAUGAGUGUAAUCAGUGUGGUAAAGCUUUCAGGGAUAGUUCCUGUCUGACCAAACACCAGAGGAUUCACACUAAAGAGACUCCAUACCAGUGUCUGAAGUGUGGAAAGUCCUUCAGGCAGAAUACUCACCUGGUAGUACACCAGCGACUUCAUAACAGGGAGGGUCCCAGCCAGUGUCCUCAUUGUGGGAAAAUAUUUAGAAGGAGCUGGUGUCUUGUCCGACAUCAGAGAACACACAUUAAAGAGCAGCCUGUGGAAGCAUAAUGAACGUGGGCCAUAUUCUUCUUGAGUGAACAAAGGAGAUAUAUCUUCAUAUAUGACUUCCCUUGUUAACAGAAAAGAAUUUGAAUAUGAAAUAUUCUAUUAUCCCAUUAAUUCUGUUAUUAGGGAACUCCUGAAGAGAGGAUUGAAUGGUAAUCAAUGUAGAAAAGGCUUCAGGGAUGAUUCAGCCUAUACCGAACAUGUAGUGCAUACACUGAAAUAAAGUACCCAGAAGUGAGGAUAUUUCCCUAGAAAUACCCACCUAACUUUACAUCAGGAUACUUAAAUUGGAAAGAACCUGUGAAUGCAUUCAGUAGAUAAUCAGUAGGAGGCAUCUUUAAUAGAGAGUAUCACCUUAUUGUAUAUAAGCAAAUGAUGAUUAGACUCUAAGCUUCUGAGUUUAAUUAGGAAGAGAAGCUUUUGUCAGGAGGUUUUACUGUCUUUCCUGUAUCAGCAAAGGCAGGCAUAGUGGUGAGAGGUCUCACACAACGCACCACAACAACCACAGGGUUUAGUUGAGUUUGCUGUUUGAAUGCACUUCUGUUUUAUGGUGCUGCUAGAACACUGAGGACUCAUUUAAUGAGGUGAAACUGGAUGUAAGAGUUGCUUGUGAUUGAAAUGAAUUUGUCCCUCGUAAUACUAAAAUACUGUCUAUGAUGGGAAGGGCUGCUUCUAAGAAAUAGGAUCCAUUGCUUUAGUUGUUGAACAAGAAAACAUUAAAUUGUUGUAUUUCAGUUA